GCCACGCCUACCCUAAGCCUCUCCUCUCCAUUCCAGCGUAUGUCUCCUGGGAUCUAGCGGCUGCAGCAGAGUACAGCGGCAGAAGUGUAUCCGCUACCGCUCAGACUCUUAAUUUUCUUCCGCUGUAAAAGAGCAGAAUCAUGGACAGUGUGUUCCUGUCUGAAGAUAAAGCAAACUCAAUUUUAAAGCGUUUUCCUAGAGCAAACAGUUUCUUAGAGGAGAUAAAGCAAGGAAACAUCGAGAGGGAAUGCAGAGAGGAAUUAUGCAGCUAUGAAGAGGCAAGAGAAGCAUUUGAGAACGAUGAGCGGACCAAAGAGUUUUGGAAAGAAUAUACAAGUGGACAUGAGGACUCAAGCACAGACAGCAGUUGGUAUCCAUUCUACCUUGCCUUCCCCAUGAUCACAGUAUUUUUCAUUGUCCUUUUGGUGCUGCUAUUGCUGUGGAGGUGCGUUUUCAAAAAGAAGGCGCGACGUCGGACUGCUUAUGCACCCAGAGGAGUGAGAGAAGAUACUACAGAGGCAGGAACUGAUCAUGGCAUGGACAGCCAGCAGCAUUCCAAUGUACUCUGUACCGUGGAGGAAGCAUUUAAUAGGGCUGGGCAACCUCAUGGAUUUAUCGAUUAUGAUGUGCGUUCAGAUACAUUAUCAGCUGGAUUUUCAAACUGUGAUCCUCCCCCCUCUUAUGAGGAAGCAACUGGAGAGAGAGGGGUCAGAGUGAGUGAGCCACAACAGAACCCAACAGAGCCUCCUCCACAAUAUGAAGAAAUAGCCAUAUGUGCCUCUGUAGUCUCAGUACCUCAUGAGGUCUCCAGUGUCAAGUAACAUUGAUAUAAAUUACCACACAUACUGUUUCAAAUUUUUUAAAUUGCAGAUGAAGAAUUUCUAAGCACAGUAUUAUUUGCAUUUGUACAAGAUUGGACUUUUGUGACUAACUUUUAGAGGACACGAGCAUACAUGAGAAGUGUCAAAAAUGACUUUGAACACUUUCUAAGGAAUUGUGUCUAUACUGGUAAUGGAAAAUGCUGUUGGACUGUUCUCUAUGGCCAUUAAACUAAGCUAACUAUAAUCUGUAUAUUAUAUGAUGCUCUCUUACAUUUUUAUUUUAUUUUUUGCAAUAAUUCUGUCCCUUGUGGAUGAUACUGGUAUAGCAAGUUAACCACUAGUAACCUCUCAGUGCAUUUUUAUUUUUGAAUAAAGUUACUUUUUU